UUAUCUCGCUCAAAUGCAGAUCACAAUUCCUGGAGUGGCGUCUGUAUAAUGGGAGCACAUUAAACCAGCGCAGAGUCACCCAAGGCGAGGGCGAAGCAUGGAGGCAACUCUCCGUACCAAUGACCUAUUUAAGACCCUACUAAACCCGGAAUUCGAAAGACCAAGACCCCUUAUUACCAGUUGAUUGCCAAUUUCGGAAUAAGGGCAAACAUCUCAGAAGCAAUCGGGCGAUGUUUGAUGCCACAUCGAGGAGAUUAAUUUCUUCCUACCAGUCCGACGAAUUGCUUUUCGCCGCAAUUCUUUACGAUUGGUGAACAUCUUGGAGUAAAUUUAUUUUUUAUCUACCCGUUUACGUGCAGGAUAUGAAGAAUGAAGUAAUUUUGGAUGUUGUAGAAGAAUAGCAGUGAAGAGCAGAGUUUAAUCCUCGUUUCAAAACCAUCAUCUUACUGGAACUCGUGAAAAUAUAAGCAAAUGUUUUGAUGAUUAAAGUUGAUGAUAAUUUGCAAUUGUAAGUCUCGUUGGAAAACCAUUAUGGCAGCAGCUCUCUGUUGAAUUCUCAAGUUUGGAUACCCGAUGAAUGUGCUGACUUGCAGCUGACAAUUACAGGAAACAUCUUGAGUGUUUAACCAUGAUGGAGGUCUGCAGUGAAAAAACCAAGGAGCUGAGCGAGAGUGUGGAAAGUUUGGACAAAGAGUUCCGCGAACGAGUCGCUCAACACCGCACGGAUCGGAGGUUGAGCGUCCCUCGAAUAGGAACGGGUCUGACGUUCAAACAGGAAGAAGCGCUAGCGAGGAGAAAGGAGGGAAAAGUAGAGAAGGAAGAAGAGGACGAGCAACAAGGAGCCGUAGGGGGUAUUGAGAUCGAUGUAGAGGAUGUGACAACACCCGAACGCUGUAUAACGGUUGAAGACUGCGGGGAGCUGGAUCUAAGUGGACAGUUAGAACCGAAGAAAGAAUCUGAUAAAGAGAGACUGGAGAGACUCUUCCAGGCUGGUCUUGAGAGGCAGUACCGCGGGGAAGUCGAUGACGAUGAUGAAGACGAGGACGGGGAAGCUGCUAGGAAGUCGAGGAGGGACACGGAGUUGUUGUUGAACAUCAUGGAGACGGAGAAGGAGAAGAAGCAAAGGCGAGGCAGUUGGAAGAGUGUAUGGGAUGAUGAUGACCCGGAGGAAGAUAGUAAGAUUAAUGAGGAUAUUGAGAGUGACCCAGUGAAGCGGAUACUAUGGGCAGCAGAGAAUAAUGAGAUAGAGACGGCGAAGGAUUUGCUGGAGGCCACACCAACUCUUAUUAGUAUACAGGACGAGGACGGUUAUACGCCGUUGCACCGCGCAGCGUACAACGGCCACACCGCUAUGGUGGAAUUCCUUCUCGAAAGAGGCGCGGACAUGUGUGCGCGCACCUCUGACGGUUGGCAGCCCAUACAUUGUGCUGCGCGCUGGAACAAUCCGUGCGUUGCGUCGCUUCUUGUUCAAGCCGGUUGCGACGUUAACGCGAUGACGAAUGGAGGACAAACGGCGUUACAUUUGGCGGCGUGUAGUGCUGAAUCGGAGGAGAUACUUAGCCUAUUGCUUCUGAGUCGGUACAUCGAUACAACACUCAAGAAUGCGGCGGACGAAACAGCUUAUGAUAUAGCAAGAAGGACAGGAAGACUAGUUUACCUGUUUGAGGUAAAAGACCCUCAUAUGCUACCUUCCACCAGCUGACGCCAGCGGGUUUUGUGUACAAGAUAAAGACGAUGUUAACGGACCAAUGAUUAAAGCGGUAAACUGUAUUAAGAUUUUCAUGAAAUGAUUGUUGAUCACACUACACCAAAAUUUAUUCUCUGUUAAAAGCCGGACAGCUCGAUAAAAUUACAUGAGAAAUAACUCCAUGUAUUUGCAUGUUACUGGCUUAAAUUUCGUUAUUGAUAUCUAUCUUCAGAAGUAUGAUGGUUCACAUGAAUUCCUGAUUUUUUUGUCCACUUUAUUCACCCCUGUCUUUCUCCUUUCUGCAUUUAUUUAAUCUUUUUCUUUUCUAGUUUCUUUCCAUCUUCCUAAUUGAUUUGAUUCUCAUUUCUAUAUUUCUAUUGUUGCCUUAUUUCUUCAUCUCUUUCUUUAUCACAUUCAUUUUUUCCUCAAUAUCUUUUAUCUUUUUGUUCCCUCUCCAUAUUUACCCCCAAUUCUAAUCUCUUUGUCUUCCGUUCUGUUUACCAUUACAUUGAUUACAAUUGCCCUUUUAAGACAUGUACUUCUGAUUGUUAACAGUGUGGUGUUGUCUCCACUACCAUGGCUACAUUUUUAAUUAUUCAUGUGGCCCUCGGCGCUUGUUGGUUCAUAAUGACGUGCAUUAAUGUUCAUGUGCUUUCCAAUUCUAACGCUCUCGGCAUUUUAAUUACCGGCUUUCACCGAAUGUCUGCAUGGGCUUAAAGCUAGAGUCACAUCGGCGAAACAGGCCCCAGGGCUCCGUAACACAAAGAUUAGCGAUCAAUCGCUAAAUGAAAUGACCAAUUAUAAUCAAGUUUACACGCGCAUCUGUCGCAAAAUGCUGACCAGGAACCAAUCAGGAGUGUUCUAUCAUAAUUGCUAUUCAUCGCUAAUCUUUGAUUACAAUCGGUCGCUAGACGUCAGCUUUUUUGGUGUGACUGGAGCGUGUGGGUGGGUUUGCGAACCAUGUGUGAAGGAUUUAUUGUGACAGAUACAUCAUUCAUAUUUUCAUGAUUAUAAAAAUGCGCAAAAUUUGACAUAUAUGAGCCCAAAAGCGCCAACAAGUUUUUUUUUAAUUUCGGUUUAACAAAAAGUUAGAUUUCUUGCAUUCGUAAAAAAUGUGGAAAAAAGUCGGGUUCAUUGACGUUAUUUCACGUUAUCCACUUCCCGCGAACAAUAAAUGGUAUGGAUGAGGAUGAUGUAGGCGCAAGUUUCUCAAACUAUCAGAGCAUCAUUUACAAGUGAUAGGUUUUGCCCUGUUUUCUAAUAGUGCCCAUCCUUCGCAAGACGUUCCCAUUCUUGUGAAAACACACACACUUCUAGUAUCUGACUGUCUUAACUGCUUUGCAAAGUGCAGCUGACUUUCGUCAGCAUAACACCGUUACUGUAGCAACCAGAAAAUGCCUGCUGGGCUUGUAAGCAAGAAGGACAUAUCUCAUCAAUUUUAUCAUUAAAACAUUCUUCAGAAUCUGCCGAAAGUGUUGAAUAAUUCCUGAAGAAAUAUACAGUUAAAAACAGAAGAAAUUAUUCUCUGUGGCUUUCUUUGUCCUUGUUAAUUGAAAAAAUACAGGCAAGUUUGAAGUUGUUUAUGCAAAGUGAUGUUUCAUACCAUCGGAGUCAAACUUGUGAGUAUGCAAAUUCAGAUAAUUGGAAUACAGUAAUUGAAAAUGUUGCCGUUAAAGAAUUUGAUUUUUUAUUUGUCUAUGAAUCGGAAAAAGGUAAAAACAUUGUCAAAUGAUUUAAAAUUAGAAGUAUUAAAGAAUUUGCUCUAAAAAUUGUAUCAUAUAUCAAACGCGAGAAAGAAUUGAACAAGAUGCUAAAUAUGAAGUAAUGUCAAAAUAGAAAAAUGUCAAUAAGUGAAUCAUAUUGCCUGUGCUAUUGGCGUAAAUACGUAAAUAUCUUCCAAACUUACCACCUGUUUUGAUAUGUCAAACAAAAUAAAAUGUAAAGUUUGUGUUUUCGUCUCUUCUAUGGAUAUUGAUUGAAGAAAUAUAUCUUGUUGAUCUUGAUUUUGGAAAAUGACCUAUUCGCUUUUAAAUCUAAAAAAUAUAGUUCUUGCAAAUUACAAAGGCUUGUUCAGGAGAGAGGUGAUAUUUUACGUGAGCCCGUGUAAAAUGAUUGUGAUUCGUGAAGUGUUUAACGUAAUUGGGUUGAAAACUGUUCACAUUGUUAAUGCAGAGGUUGUUGUAAAUAGGAAUUUAUCUUCGAUUAAAAACAAAAUUAGUAUAAAGAAAUGCAUGGGGAAAAUAUAAUUAUAAAGUAUAUGGGUAUACAUGCGUUUUUCAAAUUUCCGAGAAAGUAUGGAUUUAUCAAUACAUUAGGAAUCAGAUAUCAAGGAGGUUAAGGUUUUAGGUUGUCUUGGGGAAGUUUGAUAUUUGAUAAGGAGCGCGAAUUGGGGAUGGGGGGGGGGGGGGUGGUAGGUAUGACCUUUUGGUGUUAUACUAGUUUAUGGAAACCUUUUUGCUCAAUGCAUGAUCAUUCGUGUAGAGUGGGAGUGAAAUGUACGUCUAUUUUGUCAAAGUAACAUAAACAAAUGAAUCAUUAAUACACCUGUAUCUAUCAUCACAUUUAUCGCAGUAAUCGUUAUCAGUUUAUAUCAGUUCGUUAUUCCUAUAAUGCGUCUUUAUACAAUGUGAGUUUAAAAUGCCAAGUCCCCAUCAUAAACAGGUUAAUUCGAAAAAAAAGAAAUACAGAUAAAUCAGACAAACAAAGCUGAAUAAUUGCAUCAAAUUACAGAGAUACGCGUUUUUCAAGGGUGAAUUCAAAUUAAUAGUCGAUGACAUGGCUAACUAUUUGAACAGAUUCAUUGCUAAAGGCGAUAGUGAUGAGCAACUACAGCAAACAUUGAAAGAUAUCAUUGAAAAUUUAUAACGGACCUUGGAAAUGAUUAUGUGCUUACUUGCGAUUCGUGAAGAGAUAUGUCAUGUUAUCUGUUGAGGAGCAUUUCAUGGACAGUUUUGUUUAUGGUCUUUUACUGACUAAUUUGCUCUAAGCCAAUCAGAUACAUGGGUUUACAGUAGUUUACAACAUCUUGUCAAUGAAAUCUCCGUCUAUUUAUUUCAUGAAACACUCCCUCGGGUGGCUCAAGGAGCUCGUCCUAUUUGAAAGUCUGUAAAUGUGGAUGUGCGCACUUGCGGACGCGUGUGGGGGUAAAUUAUUAGUGGCCAUGUUAAUGUAUGAGAUAUUGCACAUUCUAUUUCUUAAUGUUUAAUCUUUGAGGUAAUAGGUGCCUCCAGGAUUUAAUGAUUCACGAUUAUUUUUCAUUGUAUGAUAAAUAUGUUUCAUUUGAUAUAAAACAUGUUUGGUGCCUAUAUGAAUAUAAAUGAAUUAUGGUGCAGAAAAAAAAACUUUUGUCGUA